CGAAACAGUACGGUCUUAGGCUUUGUCACACGCGCAGUUUAAAAGUGAUUCACUCGCACAUACUGUGGUACUUAUUUAUGCGGGUCUUAUCUAUUUAUAAGUGGAAAAUUAUACAGAAAAAUUAAAUGUAAACCAAUUUUUAUUACGCAUUUAUAAUGUGGCUGAAAUUAUCAACUGGCUUAAAAGAAUGUGUUAUAUUUACUCAAAACUAAGUUAAACUAAGUUGCGGGUGUAUCUAAUGACUUAUUCACGAUGCGGUUCAACCUUCAUCCCAAGCGACUUGUUGGUCGCGUGUUCCCGAUAGUGGAGUGGGCGAGGACAUACGACCUGCGGACAGGGAUCGGUGAUCUGAUAGCAGGAGUCACUGUAGCACUAACACUAGUACCUCAGUCGAUAGCGUACGCCGCACUCGCGGGCUACGAGCCACAGUAUGGCCUGUAUGCUUCCCUCACCGGGGGGUUCGUAUACGCCGUGAUGGGCACAGUGCCUCAGAUCAACAUCGGACCCACCGCGUUACUCUCUCUACUUACAUUCACUUAUACCAACGGGACGAGCCCCGACUUUGCUGUACUUCUGUGCUUCAUUGGUGGAGUUGUACAACUCAUAGCUGGUGUAGCACAAUUAGGGUUUCUGGUGGAAUAUGUUUCUACGCCAGUGGUGUCUGGGUUCACAUCAGCGGCAGCUCUGACGAUCGCGUCAUCACAAAUCAAAUCACUCCUGGGCUUGCAGUAUGAAGCGGAGAGCUUCAUGACCAGCUGGAGUGGCCUCGUACACAACAUAGUGGACACAAAGUUACACGACGCCUUGCUUGGACUUGUCUGCUGUAUUGUCCUGAUGGGCAUGAAAGCCAUUAAAGAAAUUCGAAUAAGAAAGUCAGAUGAAGAACAAAAGAGUCGCAGUAAAGUGAUCUUACAGCGCAGCCUGUGGUUCGCAGGUGUGUCUCGGAACGCGUUCGUUGUGGUUCUAGCGUCUGUGGUGGCCUUUACAUUACAACAAGACGAACGAAAUCCAUUUAUUCUGACAGGUCACAUCACUCCCGGGCUGCCUCGACCCCAAGUCCCUCCUUUCCACUCCACCGUGUUGAACGCGACCAUCAGUGCUGGUGGAAUGUUCUCGAAGCUUGGCUCUGGCCUGCUCAUCGUGCCGUUAGUGGGGGUCAUCUCUAAUGUUGCAAUCGCUAAAGCGUUUUCGCAAGGAAAGACGUUGGACGCCACUCAAGAGAUUAUAUCUCUGGGUAUAUGUAACAUAGUGGGAUCUUUCUUCCGAUCGUUCCCAGUCAACGGCUCCUUCACCCGCAGUGCUGUUAGCGAUGCUUCCGGAGUGAGAACCCCGGCAGCUGGCUUUUAUACAAGUUUGAUAGUGUUAUUCACACUAUGGCUGUUAACUCCGUAUUUCUACUUCAUACCAAGAGCUGCCUUAGCUGCGGUGAUUGUCUGUGCCGUGCUGCAUAUGGUGGAUAUAGAUAUUGUGAUCAAGUUGUGGAAAACAAGCAAAUUGGACCUCAUACCACUUGUGGGGACGUUCGUAUGUGGGUUGUUACUGGGAGUUGAGGUGGGAUUGGGAUGUGGUGUUGCUAUUGAUGCACUUUUAAUACUAUUUUACCAGUCACGACCCAAAAUAGACAUUAGAUAUAUUAAUGGUGUUCCAAGUUAUUACACAAUUCGACCUCAAGGUGGUCUUUAUUUUGCAAGUGCAGAGUCCGUUCGUAGCAAAUUGGCGUCUCUUUCAUUUAAACAUCCACAACAGAUACCAUUACAAACAGUACUUCCAGUGAAUGCAAUAAACUCACUCAAUUCACUCGACAUAGAUGCCCAUUUCACACCAACUGUGAUAACACAAAUAACACCGCAAGUGGAUAUGCAAAAUGAAACAAAUAUAGUAAAUUACCAAAAUACUGAAUAUUUGCAAACUGGGAGAGAUUUGUUCGAAGCUCUCUCACCCAAAGUAUUAGUGAUAUACUGCGAUGCUCUCAGUAGACUAGAUUAUACGUUUUUACAAAGUUUCAAACAGGUGGUAAGUGAGUGGUCGCAAGAUGGAAUUAUUAUCUGGUGCGAUGUGAAGCCAUCGAUAAGGAAACAGUUGACUACUGUUAUGCAAGAACCAAUAUUUUGUGACAGCAACCAGUUAUCAAGUAUACUGAUAGGUCUCUCAAGGAUCACACACACAUGCAAUAUUGGCGACACUCACUUAUGAUGUCAAUUUAUUCUUGAAGAAGUCAACAAUGUGUUACCAGUGUCAACCUUAAUCUGAAGAUACCUACGCUGUCAGGCUCCAUAUUGUCUAGAGCAUUGUAUCAAGUCUGUCUUACCAACGUUUGAUAAUCUCAUGGAGCGACCUGUUACUGAACGCCACGAAACCACAAGUGAUUGCGUCGUGACUAAACUAGCUUCAUUUCACCUAACGUAGUAUCUCUUAGAAGUCUGUCAUUUCACCUCUCUCUGUUAUAGAAGGCAAUAGAGCGUACCUGAUGUUGUUAUUAAAUUCAAAAAUAUGUCUAGUUAGAAAAAGGAUUUUAAAUCAUUUAUUGAUCCAAAACUCCCACCUAUUCGGAAAUUCACCGAUCAACGCCGCCUAUACUAAGCUUUUCUCCUGCAACACCAGAGGAAUCACAGGAGCGUUGCCGUAUCGUCCUGUAUGCCUAUACUCGUAACAAAACGAGUAUAGAAUCGAAACGAUCUUACGUCAAAAUUUUAAAUUUCGUAUUCUUGUAACAAAAACUGAAGGUUUAGCUCUGAUUGUGAUUAAGUUACGUUCCGAUUUAUUGAAAUCGUAUGAUGCGUAUUCUGGUAAUCAAUUGUUGGGAGAUGAGCAUUAUGCAAAAUUUCGUUGAGUCUACAAUAUAAAACAUGAUUUAAUAUACCAUAUAUAACUCAUUUAAUCAUAAAAUAUUUUAUAUUUGUUAAAACAGUGUUGGUAACUUCGAGCGAGGUUAUCGUUCGAGUGACGUUGACUUGCAACUCCGAUUCAGUUAACGUUCAAGGGUAAUAAUGAUCGGAGAAUACGAAUCUAAAGCGAAACUUGGAUAGGACCAAAACUUAACGUCAAUGAUUUGAUGAAUUACGGGUACAGGCACCCGCACCUAGGAGCACCGCGCACUCGGUGGUCUGUUGACUAGAACUUCUUGAAUGAUGCGCUGAAGAUGCGGCGAACAUUGUACAUUGCGGGUGUUUAAUGAGACUGAGCCGUAACGCUUGGCUAUGAAAAGUUGUAAUAACAUAAUAAUAUAAUAGUUGAAACUUGUAAGUACCUACUACUUUUCAAGAAAAUACUACUUUCAAUUGAUUGAAAUUAACGUUAAUUUAAACAUUUUAGAAAUAUUAUGUUAUUGUGUUAUAUUAUUGAUAUUUUGUACACCAGCUAUGGUUAAAUGGUUAAGCGACGCCGAUCAUCAUCAUCAUCAUCAGCCGGAAGACAAUCAUCACUGCUAGGCGGACGAUCGGUCCUGCGCUAGCCUCAUCCAACGUAUUCCAGUAAUCUUGACCAGAUCGUCGGUCUAUCAAGCCCCCCGGGCUUACCAACACUGCGUCUUCCGGUACGUGGUCGCCGUUCGAGUACUUUUCUGCCCCGCCGGCCACCUGUCCGUCGAACUAUGUGCCCACUGCCACUUUAGUUUCGCAAUCAUUUGGGCUAUGUCAGUGACUUUAGUUCUCUCUCUCCUCAUUUCUGAUUCGAUCUCGCAGGGAAACUCCGAGCUCACCGACAUCGAUACCAUUGUAUAUUCUGUUCAGAGGCGUUCGUCACAAUCGCCGCGCCACGGUCGCCCAUUAAAAUUGAAGCCUCAUGGCGCGUCUUCACAAUCGGCGAUAACGCGCGAGCACGUGUAAUCGCCGAUUUCCUGAUUUUUGCAUUAUUUUCUGUAUCGCUGGGCUUAUUCGCUUAUAGUCACCGAUCAUCGUCUACGAGUAUAAUGGUCAUAGUGAUCGCGGCGAUCGGUGACUUGUAUCGGCCACACGAUCGCCGGUCAUUCAUCCACUGAAGGACACUGGACAGUGAGUGAAGCCCUACGUCUACGUCUACCCCCCUUGGCCUCGUCGUCGCGGACUUGUUUUGUUUUCCUUUUAUUUACAUAGCGCGAGUACGAUACAAUAACUUUUUUUAUGAUAAUAAGGGACCAGACGAGCAGGAUGUUCAGCUGAUGGUAAUUGAUACGCCAUGCCCAUUACAAUGCAGUGCCGCUCAGGAUUAUCUAAAAACCCAAAAAUUCUGAGCAGCACUAGGUACAAUUGCGCUCGUCACCUUGAGACAUAAUAUGUUAAGCCUCAUUUGCCCAGUAAUUUCACUAGCUACGGCGCCCUUCAGACCGAAACACAAUAAUGCUUACACAUUACUGCUUCACGCCAGAAAUAGGCGCCAUUGUGGUACCCAUAAUCUAGCCGGCCUCCUGUGCAAUGGAGCCUCCCACUGGUCUAACUGGAUAAGUACUGGGUGGUCAACUGAGGAAACAUUUAAAUUCAAAGAACUUUAUCAUAACUACCUACCCAGAAAUAUAAAUAUAAAUCCCAAACAUAAAUAUUGUAUACUGAAAUUAGAUGAAUGGUAGCAGCAGCUAUAAACUCCACGUCCAUCUUGAAGGCCUGCCACUCAAUAAGUCAUUACGGACGAUCGUGUAGAUAAAUACACGAUGAUCAAUGAUUAACUUGCCGAUGACAGACGAUCAUCGCCGAUAGUGGAGGCUUUAAAUGUUGUAUUCUAAUGGUUGUCAUCUAAAAAUUUUUAUAGCAAUGCCAUUCUCUAGUUUGUGUAAAUGGUGCCUUACAAUAUAAGCGCUUGAGAGUGAUAAUAUUAAUUAUAUCGAAUACUUUGUAUAUAAUAUUAUAUGUAAUACUACUGUAUAAAAUAUUUACAUAUUAAUACUGUAUAAGUGUAUAUUACAAUAAAUACUGUACAAAAUAUUUUUCAUAAUAAAUUAUUUUCAUAAAUA